GUUUGGUCCCAGAGAUCGUUGUGCCGGUACGUACUUUCAGAAGCCGAAGCCAUUUUCAGAUUUUGUGGCGUUGUCAGGCUUCACUGAGAGAUGCAUCAGCCAUCCCAGAAUUGUCCAUAUAUCAGACCCCACUCUCCUUCAAUCCUUUCAAUUCCUAUCUUUUCUUCUCUUUACAUUCAUCUUUCUCUUUGCCUAACAUGAACAACACCUCCACCCACGACUUCAUGAACGUCGACUCUUUCUCUCAGCUCCCCUUCCUCCGUCCCUCUCCUUCCAAAGAUAAAGACAAAUCCAUUCGUCUCUUUGGUCAGGAUUUCUCUCACGCCUCCAAAACCACCCAUUCACCCUCCGACAACCACCACCACCACACCAUCAAUACACAAAACUCCGAGCCCACCCGCAGAUUCGAGUGCCAUUACUGUUGCAGAAACUUUCCUACUUCUCAAGCCUUAGGCGGUCACCAAAACGCCCACAAACGAGAACGCCAACACGCCAAACGACACCUCCACUCAGCCAUGCUCGACACCACCCUCUCCGAUCCUACCACCUACUCUUUCACCAACCCCACCUUCACUUCCUCCACAAUCUCUUAUCCAUCUUACACAGAUUGGGAUUCUAACUGUGCUCGUGGAAGGUUCUACGGAAGCUCCUAUUCUCAUCAGCUUCAACCCAUCAACGGAAGCCCCUUGGGCAUGUGGCGAAUCCCCAACACCACUGCAGCCACUCACACCCACCAGAGUAACCCUAUUUUACACCAUCAAUGCGCUUUGCCUUUGCUUUCUGACCAGGAAAUGAUGAGGGCGAAGAUGGGUCCCUCCCCCUCUGGCUCGCAGCACCGGUUUGGUUAUGACCUCAAACCCAGCGUAAACGACCAUGUGAGUUUGGAUCUUCAUCUGUAAAAUCAAGUUUACACACUUACACUGGUUUCUAUACAUGCCAAUAACAUCUCCAGCUCUCACAGGCAUGGAUGGUAUAUAUGAAAUUUGAGAAUUUUCAUCUGUUAUUGUUGGAUCUUUAUUCUAAUGAUGAUUCUCA